AUGAAGACGAGAAAAUUCGGGUCGUGGCGAGAUGCACGCGGAACGCGGAAGCGCCGACGCGCGGCGACGGCACGUCGGCAGAGCGAGGGAAACGCGGACGCGGAGGCGACCGGCCUCGGGGAGUGCACGGAAAACGCCGAGACGCAGACCGACAGAGCCGGCAAAGCGCCUACUCGGACAGCGGCUCGACGGACGCACGGACGGACGGACGGACGGACGGACGGACGGACGGACGGACUGGCGGACCCGCGGACGCACGGACGGGCGCAGCAUCUCCAUAUCCGACGGACGGCGACGGUCCGGUGGCCACGAUGA